CGUCCAGAGGGUUUGCGGAAGCCGCGUCCUUGAGCCCAGAGCAGACCGCUCAUUACCUGAGAUAUGUGAAAGAGGCCAAAGAAGCAGCUAAGAAUGGAGAUCUGGAAGAAGCCUUUAAACUGUUCAAUUUGGCAAAGGACAUUUUUCCCAAUGAAAAGGUGAUGAGCAGAAUCAAAAAAUUACAGGAAGCAUUGGAGGAGUUGGCAGAACAUGGAGAAGAUGAGUUCACAGAUGUGUGCAACUGUGGCUUGCUGCUUUAUCGAGAACUGCACAACCAGCUCUUUGAGCACCAGAAGGAAGGUGUCGCUUUCCUGUAUAGCCUGUACAGGGAUGGAAGAAAAGGUGGUAUUUUGGCAGACGAUAUGGGAUUAGGAAAGACUCUUCAAAUCAUCGCUUUCCUUUCUGGUAUGUUUGAUGCUGCACUUGUGAAUCAUGUGCUGUUAAUCAUGCCAACCAAUCUUAUUACUACGUGGAUAAAAGAGUUUGUCCGUUGGACUCCGGGAAUGAGAGUCAAAGCCUUUCAUGGUCCUAGCAAAGAUGAACGCACCAGAAACCUCAGUCGAAUUCAGCAAAGGAAUGGUGUCAUUAUCACUACAUACCAAAUGCUAAUCAAUAAUUGGCAGCAGCUUUCAAGCAUGAAUGGCCAAGAAUUUGUGUGGGACUAUGUUAUCCUUGAUGAAGCACAUAAAAUAAAAACCUCAUCUACUAAAUCAGCAAUAUGUGCUCGUGCUAUCCCUGCAAAGAAUCGCAUCCUCCUCACAGGAACACCAAUUCAGAAUAACUUACAAGAAUUGUGGUCCCUAUUUGACUUUGCUUGUCAAGGAUCCCUAUUAGGGACGUUAAAAACUUUUAAAAUGGAGUAUGAAAAUCCUAUUACUAAGGCAAGAGAGAAGGAUGCUACCCCAGGAGAAAAAGCCUUGGGAUUUAAAAUAUCUGAAAAUUUAAUGGCAAUCAUAAAACCGUAUUUUCUCAGGAGGACUAAAGAAGAGGUACAGAAGAAAAAGUCAAGCAACCCAGACAUCAGAUUUAGUGAAAAUAAUCCAGAUGUUGAUGCCAUUUGUCAAAUGCCUUCCCUUUCCAGGAAAAAUGACUUAAUUAUUUGGAUACGUCUAGUACCAUUACAAGAAGAAAUAUAUAGGAAAUUUGUAUCUCUGGAUCAUAUCAAAGAGUUGUUAAUGGAGACACGCUCCCCUUUGGCUGAACUAGGUGUCUUAAAGAAGUUGUGUGAUCAUCCUAGGUUGCUUUCUGCACGGGCUUAUUGUUUACUGAAUCUAGGGGGAUCUAAGUUCUCUUCUCAAAAUGAAAAUGAGAGGGAAGAAUCUUCAGAUGUGAGCCAUCUUUAUCAAGUAACUGAUGAUACAUUGAUGGAAGAAUCUGGAAAAAUGAUAUUCCUAAUGAACCUACUUAUGAGACUGCGGGAUGAAGGACAUCAAACUUUGGUCUUUUCUCAAUCGAGACAAAUUCUAAACUUUAUUGAACAUCUCUUAAAGAAAAGGCACUUUAAGACACUGCGAAUCGAUGGAACAAUUACUCAUCUCUUGGAACGAGAAAAAAGAAUAAAAUUAUUCCAGCAAAAUAAAGAUUACUCUGUUUUUCUGCUUACCACUCAAGUUGGUGGUGUUGGUUUAACCCUAACUGCAGCAACUAGAGUGGUCAUUUUUGACCCUAGCUGGAACCCUGCAACUGAUGCUCAAGCUGUGGAUAGGGUUUACCGAAUUGGACAAAAAGAAAAUGUUGUAGUGUACAGGCUAAUCACUUGUGGGACUGUAGAAGAAAAAAUAUACAGAAGACAAGUUUUCAAGGACUCGUUAAUAAGACAAACUACUGGUGAUAAGAAGAACCCUUUCAGAUAUUUUAGUAAACAAGAAUUAAGAGAGCUCUUUACAAUCGAGGAUUUUCAGAGCUCUGCAACCCAGCUGCAGCUGCAAUCUUUGCAUGCUGCUCAGAGAAGAUCGGAUGAUAAAUUGGACGAACAUAUUGCCUACCUGCACUCUUUGGGAAUCGCUGGAAUCUCAGACCAUGAUUUGAUAUUCAUGCAUGAUCUAUCUGUCAAAGAAGAACUGGAUAUGAUAGAAGAAUCUCAAUAUAUUCAACAAAGGGUUGAAAAAGCUCAGUUGCUUGUUGAAUUGGAAUCUCAAAAUACAGAGCUCCUGAUGGAAAGACAAAGAACAGUAAGUGAGGGGCCAUCGUUGAGAGAACCCGUGUUUCCUUCUCAAAAAAAGAAAUACCUUCAACUAAAUACACCACAAUUUCAGCCUUCACCUCUUACAUUUACCCAUCAUACACAGGAAGAAGAUAUCAGUGUACGAAUGGCAAAUGUAAUCAUUGAUGACGUGGCUGAAGAGAGUGAGAAACAAGAUCUCUCCAGUAUGAAGAUGAACGUUUCUGACCAGAAAGAUGAUAAGCACACAUGUGAAAAUAGACUGGACUCUGAGUUUACAGCUACUUUAUCCAGAGAGGGUGCAGAUGUAGAAGAAAUUUGCACUGAUUCUUUAUUGAAACUGGCAAGAAGCUUUACAACUGACACUGAGGCUUUACAGAAGGAGGCAUUGCAAGAGAGCUCUCUGGGAAGUUAUAACGGUUCACCUGGCAAAUCACUCAGGGCUGAUACUGGGCCAAAUCUAGAUCAACCAAAAGAUGAUGAAAUUCUACAUCACUGUAAUCUAUGGCCCACUAAUCCUAUAACAAGUCAAAAUGAAAAUGUAGAAUGUAAUUCAUCCAUUAUUGAGCUAGCUGAUGACUUGUCAGCAUCUCAUAUCACCCUGCAGGAUACUCAAACAAAUGAGGCCAAAUCAGAAGAGGAACCUUCAGCAUCUGCACAGUAUGCUUGGUCAGCACUCCACAGUUCACUGCAGGAUGCGCAAACAAAUGAGGGAAUGUCGGAAGAUGAGCCUUUCGCAUCGUCGCUACAGUAUGCAUGUGAUUUCAACCUUGUCUUGGAAGACUCUGCAGACAACAGGCAAAAUAUUUCCAGCCAGUGUUUGGAGCAUAGUGAGAAAGAAAACAAUUGGUGUAGUCCUGAAGCUAAUUCUAGAGCAGAGUUUGUGCAUAACAAAACAGGCCGUUUCAGUUUGGGUUUUUCUGAGAAAGACGAUGAAUCAGAAGUCUCAGUAGCUACUGCGAAAACCAGAAGUAAAGCUAGAAGGAUUGUUUCAGAUGGUGAAGAUGAAGAUAAUUCGUUUGAAGGCAUUUCAAGCACAAAUCCAUUCAGCACAUCACCCUUUCCAUUCUCAUCUGUGGAACAGUUUGAUGCUUCAACUCCUAAAAAGGACAUUAGUCCAUCUCAAACGUUCUUUUCCCCUAAAAUAGCUGUCAGUGGAAACAAGACUAUAAACUCUAGGCAAUCUCUGGCUUCUAGGCGAUCUCUUAUAAAUGUGGUUUUAGACCAUGUGGAGGAUAUGGAGGAAAGACUUGACAACAGCAGUGAAGCAAAAAGUACUGAUGAUUAUCUAGAAGAAGGAGCAGAGGGAAUCAGUGGAGAAACCUCAGAGAACGCAGAAGAGGAUCUUUCCCGAGAAAAGCAAUCUUCACAAAAUAAGUCCAGUUGGUUAACUCUGUCUAAUCCUGGUGCUUCAGUGUCGGAGACCCCUGUUGAUGACCCUGAGUCUUUGUCUGGUAGACAGUUAAUGGCUUCUACUCAUGACGAGGAAGUAGAGGCUGCAAGUGACUACGAGACUCUUGUAAUACGUGGAAAAGAAUUGAAAGAGUGUGGGAAAAUACAAGAGGCUCUCAAUUGCUUAGUUAAAGCACUAGACAUAAAAAGUGCAGAUCCCGAAGUCAUGCUCAUGACUUUAAGUUUGUAUAAGCAACUUAACAAAACUUAGUAAUUUGACAGUAUUUUAAAGUGGAAUUGAGUAUAAGGUAAUCUUUGUUUCCCUAAUUGGAUUCGUUGCGAGCAUUGCUUAAAGUGAGAGAGUUCUCAAAGGGGAAAUUUUUGUUUCUAACACUUGUAAAUUUGAUCAUUAGCUGUCCAACCUUCAGAAUACAAAUGAUCUUGUAUUCAUUUAGUAUUUCUUCAGUCAAAUUCUAUAUUUUGUAAGCAUAUGCAAUAAACAAUCGAAUUAUAUUACUUCUAGAAAGGUUUUUGUAAAAUUAUUCUGGCCAUUUUCCAUUUUCCAUAUAAAGUUACUGCCUUUGUAUAUCACGCUUCAGAUAACAAAAUUAAAGGUACUUUUCUCAAGUA